AAUCUACUGUUGUUCAAGAAAUAUAUUUAUUUAUUCUCCAUUUAAUAUGCCACGAAAGGCUAUAAUUAAACGUAAAAGUGAUAAUCCUGGCGAAUCGUCGCUUCAAACAGAAGUCAAGUCAAAGAAGCGUUGUUUCUCGAAUUUAACAAAUUUAAAUUCCGAUGAAAACAUAAAUAACCCGCCAACUAUCAAACAAGUGACAACAAAUACUGAAGCAUUGCUGAAUCCGGAAGAAACCAAAAGCAAUUUGCAUCAAGAUGUCGAAAUAAAACCAUUAUCUAGUCCUUCACAAACACCUAAUUCAGCUUGUCAAAUGAGGAGAAGGAGAGAGGAUUCGACAGUUCUUUUGAAGAAAGCAAUAGCAACGUCCUUCAGAAAUAAAAUCUUAGAAAAUUCGAUAUUAAUGAUGAAAAAAAUCAGAAAAGUCUUGGAAUUAAAUUUCAAAAAUACCAAAAAUCGUCUACAAAUUGUUUCCACACCUCAAUGUCUCUACAAUAUCAAACAAUGCCAUCAAAAUCGUUCAUUAAAUACAAAAUUAACAGAAAGUUCCGUUGAAAAUCAAUUUUUUGCAAAGAAUUUUUUUUCUGAAGAUCGUCACUACCAGUUUAUUUUAUACGUGAGAAACAACAUGUGCAACAAAAGAGAGUUUCCAGGUGUUAAUGUCAUUCGCUGCGUUCUUGAGAUGAUUUUUAAAAUCACCAACAAUGAAACACAAAAUUCUGUCAUUACAACUCAACAAACAAUUAGAGAACUUCACAAUGUCUUCAACAGCAUUUUACAAACAUUUCCAACAUGUAACUUUCGUAGUUCAUACUUGGAGUUACUCAAGACACCAUUUCAAAUAAAUGGAGUUCUUAUGACAUCAACAGAACGUGGAAUUCUCCAUUCAAUGUUAAAUUUGUUAUCAGAUCUGAUGGAAAUGACAGAAGACGGAAAGAAUUCACAAAAACAAAUCAAGACUGAAAACAUUAACAAUUUCUAUUGUUGGGAAGCUCAAGGAGAACAAAAUUCAUCCUUCAAUAACUUUCCUCGAAAUGAGAAGAUUGACAGAAUUUUCAUAGUUCUCGAUCUUCUGGUCAGUUUGCUUGAAAAUGAUCUUGCAAUGUUUACAGUGAAAUUUGUCAAAAAUUCUCGUAAAAGAAUUGAUUGCAUCGAAACUCGUCCAUUAGUAUGUUCGGCACUUUGGGAGACUUAUGAAAGAGUCUUAAGCAUCACUCAAAUAAUCAAGAAUAUAAUUCAAAUGAUGAUCAAUAUGACAGCUUUAAAUUAUCCUAAAAACAAAAUUGAAAUAAUUUCUCGCUUAUUCAAUUUGGUAUGUCAAACAUCGAAUCUUUAUGAAUAUCCUGAAGGAAAUUCCGCUUAUCCAAUUUUUGACACUCUCACAAAUGUUUUAUCACAUGUUGUUUUCAAUGCAAUUGAGAAUUCAAUCUUUUUCAACUUAAAUCUUUUUAAUGAAGUCACUGAUAACAUAAAGUCGCCAUUAGUUCGAAUGAUUUUGACUAAACAUAUGUUAUCAAAGGUUACAAAAUGUGAUGAACAAUUUUCUUUAGCUUCAUCAUCUCAUUACUUAAAUUCUCAAAUCUUUAUGACUUUUGAAUCAGCUUCUCUCGUUGAAAACAAAAAUCUUCAAAAAUAUCCGCUUUAUCAUGUAGAAGAAGUUGAGAAAACUUGGACAAUUACCAAAGACAAUUUCCUGAAGCUUUUGAGACUUUUCGCUGAAAGUUUCGUUAAUUUUUAUUGCAUUCGUGAAGUCAUAGAUGAGAUGAAAUCGGAUAACAAUGUUGAAAGUCCACAAAAUUCAAAUGAAAAACAUUCCAUUAUACAAACUAACUCAACAUUAAAUGAAAUUAAUUUGCAAGAAAAAGUUCAAUUAAGGAAAAUUGACCUUCGCUUGAGAAAGCAAAUUCACAUGAAUUUAAGUCGCGAUACCUGCAUGUUUUAUUACAAUGAAAUUAAGAAUUUCAUGAUGCUGUCAAAGGUCAAAUAUUUGGGAAGCUUACAUUCAAAAGGAUUAUGGGGCAUUAAGCACACUCGAAGGCCUGUAGACCAUUUGGUCACGGUGGCCAAAAACCUUCCCCCAAACAAAUCAUUGCCUUUUUGUAACCUCAUCGUAAAAACGGACGGAGUUCAUAUAGAGACAUUGCCAUCAAGUUCAGCAUCAUCAUCAUAUUCAGUAUCAUCAACGAGAUGGCCAAUCGACACAAUUUCAUACGGUGUACAAGAUUUGGUGUACACACGAGUCUUUGCAAUGAUUGUUGUUAAAGACGAACAAGUGAAACAAGAGCAUCCUUUUGAAGUUCAUGCUUUUGUUUGCGAUAGUCGUGCUAUGGCAAGGCGACUAACUUAUGCAUUAGCUGCUUCAUUUCAAGAAUAUUCUCGAAGAGUCAAAGAAGCUGAAGAAAGCAAUUACAACAAUAACAAUAACACAUUUGAUUCGCCAUUGAAACGAAAGUUUGCCAUAGACUUAAGAUCGCCAGAGGAAUUACUUCAAGAGCAUGAAACAGAAGCUUAACUAAUUGAAUUAGAGAUAUUCACACUUCGACGCCACUUUGAUAAAAGAAUUUGUUUUUCUUUUUGUUUUCCAUUUCCACACAAAUAGUUUUAUAUCAACGUCCAUAAGCUUUGAUCUUUGAUGUAAAAGAAAAUAUUUCCAGACUAAAAUUGAACACAUUAUAGUCAUAGACGAUGCUUUCAAAGUCAUUCCAUAAAUUUUAUGUUUAUAGACAAGAAUAUGUAUUUAUCAACUAAGUAUCUGAAAGUUCCUUUUCUGGCGCCUUGCUUCGUCAGCAUUGCAUCGUUAGCAUAGAAAAUUGAAUACGAAGAAGACAAAAUUUUCUACUCCCACGCGACAUUGUGAUUAAUGUGUAUAGGAAAAUGACGGGAACUUAUAAUCUUUUGUAAUCAUCUUGGAAAAAGUGAUUAAAAAUCAAUUUUAUUCGUCUUCCCAUCGAAAUGGAUUUUUUAUGCAAAUUUUUCCAACAUACAUUUUGUCAUUAAAGAAGUUUUCCCAUUUUUUUCUUAAACUUUUUAUAGUAAUUUAUGAUGAAAGUUUAUUUCUCCUUUUACUGUCGUUUCAAGAGUCAGUCACAAAGUAUUUAAUUUAAUGAGAACACCAAAAAGCUUUUAAAUAAUGUAAAGUUUUGUUAAGUUACUAAAAAUGACAGAAAAUUGAAAUUAAUUUUAAAUUAAUGUGACGUAACAUAUAAACAUGUUUAGAAGUGACCCAAAGCCACAUGAAGAGUUGAGAUCUUGAAACUGUAAUAGGAAAGGAAAAAGAGAAAAUAAAGAUGACGUUUAAGAAAAAUAAGACUUUGUAUUUAGUCAAUG